AUGACCGAAGAACUUCACACAAUGGCAUCAUCUCCUUCAAAUAGUGAGUCCCACGAAUAUGUCAGUAACACCACAGCACCUCUUCUAAAUGAUGAAUCACAACAUGAAGUUUACAACACAAGUUCCUCGCUUUCAAGUGAUGAAUCAUAUCGUGAAGUUUGUAAACCUACAUCUUCUCUUCCAAGCGACCAACCAAAUAAUAAGGCUUAUAACACGACACCAUCUCCUCCAAAUGAUGAACAGCACGAAGAGCAUAUUAACAUCUCGUCAUCUCCACCAAAUGAGGAAUCUUACGGAGAGGAUACUAACACCACAUCACCACUUCCCAAUGAUGAAUCACAUCAUGAAACUUAUAACACAAUGCCACCUCCUCCACAUGAUGAGGUUCACGACGUGGCUAACACUCCAAGAUCGUCUCUUUCGAAUGAUGAAUCCAGCGAAGAUCCUUUUGACUCCACAUCAUCUCUUUCAGACGACAAAUCACACAAUGAGGUUUCUAAUACCCAAUCAAAACAAGAGCUCACCAACCAAUCUGAACAAUUGACUCUCACAUCUAACCAUCGUACCUUUGCACCAUUAAAUACUCCUUUUUAUCGUCGACGACAAACGUUAACUAUUCUUGUUUGGUUCACUAUGCCAUGGAUUUGUCUUUACAUAUCAUUCGUUCUUCUUCGUUGUCAUAAUUGGUAUAUUGUUGCCAGUUUUAUAGCUUAUUUAACAUGGAUGGUCUUUUUUCAAACAUUUUCACGACGAGGUGGAUUAAAACAACAGUGGCUUCGACGACUUGAAUGGUGGACUUGGUUUGCAGAGUAUUUUCCUAUUCAUCUACAUAAAACAUGUGAGCUACCACCAGAUCGUCCAUAUUUAUUUGGGUGUCAUCCUCAUGGAAUUAUUUCACUUGGUGCAUUUUGUAAUUUUGCAACCGAAGCAACUGGUUUCGAAGAAAAAUUCCCCGGCAUAAAUCUUCGUCUACUUACAUUAAAGGCAAAUUUUCGUAUACCAUUUUAUGGUUUAUAUUUAUCGAUGCUCGGUAUAUGUGAUGCGUCGAAAGAAUCAUGCAAUUAUAUAUUAGAAAAAAGCGCUGGAAAUAGUAUAAUAUUAGUUCUAGGUGGUGCAAAAGAAUCAUUAGAUGCUCGUCCAUCGAAUGAAUAUAUAUUGACGCUAAAGAAUCGUAAAGGUUUUGUUAAAAUUGGUUUAGCCAAUGGUGCAAGUCUUGUUCCAGUGUUUUCGUUUGGUGAAAAUGAUCUUUUUGACCAAGUACCGAAUCCACAAGGCUCCAAGAUACGAAAGAUACAAAUAAAGAUACAAAAACGUUUAGGCUAUGCAACACCUUUCUUUAGAGGACGUGGAAUAUUUCAAUAUGCUGUAGGAUUUUUACCGAAUCGACAUGCUAUUGAUACCUAUGUUGGCGAACCAAUUCAUUUACCAAGACUAGCACGUGAUAAAAUUACACCUGAAAUCAUUGAUAAAUAUCAUGGAGAAUAUAUGGAAGCAUUAAAGCGUCUAUUUGAUACAUAUAAAGGAAAGCAUGGCAAUGCCGAUGCAACAAUCAGAUACGUUAAUGAUAAUGAAUAA